CGGUGCCCCCUGUGAUUGCUCGGCCGGUUAGGGACAUACAAACUACGGUAGAGUACAUACAGCCGACGGAGCUGGCGCCACGAAAUCUCCACUUUGGCUCCCGGAGCCAACACGCAGCAGACGAUAAGAACAGACAGCCCCGUCCCUGACUGUAGGCUGUUCGUCGUUGCUGCUGCCGGUGGUGCUCAGCUGCUUCUGACGUUCCAGGUUGCUGGCGUUCCCAUGCUGAGGCGUCUGCUACUGCAAGCCGCUGUUUCGGUGCGCACACGCAGCACACAUGCUCCAGGCAGCCGCAGUACUCGCAAAACGCCAUUGACAGCAGACUCGACCCAAGUUGCCCUUCGCAACCGACCUCCGGCAUGUUCCAGCCAGAGCCCACGGGAUACUUCCAGGUGUCGACCGGGUAUGCAAUCCCGCACACUCUUCCGGAAUACACAUUUGAGGAGACGCCACUCCGCCUGAGUGACGGCCGAGGCUCCGUUGCAGCAGCGGGGCCAGGCGGGAGCGCUGGGCCGCUGCUCUACGGAACUCCCAUUUUCAGCACCAACGUCCCCAACGCGCGCGUCGGCCCCGCAUCGUCCACGGCUGGCUCCUUCCCCGUCGACUUCCACUCCACAUUGCCCACUACUGCCACCUCAAGCGUGUCUGCGACCGUGUCUGCACCAUCUCACCACAGACCGUCGUUACCGCUUUUGCCCAAGAUGGCCUCCAAUGCCGAAGAUCUCGUCGCCCAGGAGGCGGCUGCUCGGGAAUAUCAGCCACAGUUCCAGGGACCUCUCAUCGGCAACAAGACGCCCAGCACAGCCAUCACGGAGGAAUAUGCAAAAGCCGAUCCCAUUUAUGUGCAGAAGACAAUGGUGCUGCCACAAACAUAUUCCCAUUACCGUCCGGUCCUAGGAGACGGAAAUUGCGGCUGGCGGGCAAUUGGAUUCGGCUACUUUGAGACGCUGGUCAAGAGCGGCAGCCAGGCCCGCAUCGAGUCUGAGAGGCAGCGUCUAGAGUCCCUGAACGCCUUCAUUGAGAGCAUCGGCGGCUUCUCACCCUAUGUGUUUCAGGAUUUCGCCGACGAGACGUUUGCGCUCUUGACGAAAAUGGCCGGGCUUGUCGACCGCCCUGAGCAGGCCAUGACGGAGCUGCUGGAUGCCUUCAAUAUGCCAGACAUCUCCAACUCGAUCAUGUACCACUUCAGGUUGCUGGCAAGCUCGUACUUGAAGGCCAACCGCGACACAUACGGCGCCUUUGUCACCACCGACUCGGGUGUCGAGGGGUACUGCCAGGAAGUCCUUGAGCGCCACAAUAUCGAGAUUGACCACCUAGGGCUGACGCUACUGGUCAAUGUGCUCCUGAAGGAUGCCGGCUUCGUCUUGGAGGUGGCCUAUCUCGACCGGAGUCCAGGGUCAGAGGUCAAUACCUACCGGUUUCCGGAAGAAGCAAAUAAUCGGCAUCCGUCAGAACUCGGGCCCAUCAUCCACCUUCUCUACCGUCCGGAUCACUACGACAUCCUGUACGCGCCGGAGCUGCUGGAUGUGCAGGUUCACCGUGUGGCCAGUUUCUCACAGAGCUACGAGAUCGAGAGCACCCCCAUGGCGCUGCACAGUUAUGGCGGGGUCGCCAUAGAGACGCUCUCCCUCAUACCAGGGUUCGGUGUAUCAAGUCCGGGUUUGGGUUCCAUGCUCGACACGGCGCCUACUCCGCUCUCUACCUACAGCCCGAGUCCGGUGUCGCCAUGGGAAUCCGCGGCGUUUGUCGACCCGAUUCAGCAGGUACCACAGGCACCACUACCUAUCUCUACGCCUUCACCAGUGGCCCAGGCGCAUCCCCUGCGUUUCAGCGAGUAUUGCCAGCUACCGGAAUACGUCGAGAACAACACGUGGCGGGAGCAGACGCUGCAGACUACGACAUUCAAGAAUAGCCACUUCAAUGUGGCUCACUACAACAACCCAAACUUCCAACCGGAGGAGUACAAGCCUGGAGCCGACGAUCAUGACACACCGCCGCGGAGUUACCGGAAGAGAGGUAGUGUAUAGACAAGUUUUGCAAGAGGGCUGACGGUGCGGGCUAAGGUGCUCAGAGGCGGAUGGCAAAGGGCGGCCUCUAGGGCGGCAUUGGACGGCAUUGGACGGCGUAAUGGAAGCCGGCGCUCUGGUGAUCAGGAAGUGGAAAGAUGGUCAAA